AUGUCUCAACAACAUCAAGAACUAUGGGAUUUUCUCAAUCAUAUGGAUUCUUCUCCAUCCACCACUUCCUUCAUGAAUGACUUUUUAACAUCACCACCAUCGAUCACCACCAAUAACACCCUCAAUACCUCAGGGACACUACUCACUCUUGAUGAUAUGGAGUCAUUCUUUAAUGCCUUUAAAGAUCAAAGCACCAACUCGGAGACUACUUCCAUUCCAUCCACGGUCGUGACAAUUCCAAAAACCUCACCAACCACUCCUAAAACCUCUCACAUGAAAGUCGAUCCUGACCUCAUGUUUCCUAGUACUGUGCAUUGUCCUCUCCACUCAAAUGCUUCUUCCACCGCCACCAACAACAUCAUGACAUGUCCUUUGACCUCUGUGAGCGUUUCUUCAUCUUUUGCUCCAAACAACAUCCUUCAACAAGAACCUCCUUCACAAGUUGCACCACCUUAUUGGGAUCCAAUCAUGCCACGAUUCUUAAUUCCCUCACAAACAACCACAAGCAUGGAUAACAUUGAUUUCACCAUGUUGCUCAACGACGCCUCCAUCAUUGAUCCAUCCUCUAGCUAUUUAAUUUUUGCUCCAAACAACAAUAACAUGUUCAAUUUUGUGAUACCUACAAUGGCAUCCUUAGAGUCAUCCAUUACAAGUACGGCCUCUUCUCCAGUGUCAUCACAACAACCACUCUCCACCAGUGUGUUGGAAGGAGAGCCUAAGAUGACUAAAAUUACUCAUCAUCAUCAUGGUGACGACACUCAUUCAUUGAUGAGCUCCAAUGAAGAAUUUCGUCAAUGGUUUACUCAAACAGCCCCAGAUCAAUUGGAAAUGACAUGCAAGCCCGGCUUUACUAGCAAUACGACACACAAACCAAGAGGAUCAACCCAUAGCGUGUUUGUGAAUGACGAAACUACCAUUCAUUUGCCAAAAUUCACUUCUCAAACUCUGUACUCUCAAUUCCUUUCAAACACACAAAUUCAAUUAAGGGCAUAUCUCGGGAAUGAUAAGGAAAAUGGAUUUGCAACGAAUAUUUCCCAUUUGGAGGAUGUCACAGUGGUGGAGUUUUCAGAAAUGUUAUCGACCAAUGUUGCUAAUUCACAUUCACAUGCAAUGAGCCAAAUCCGAGUGCCCAUCAAGAGAGACAACACGUCAAAGAGAGGAAAACGAAAGGAGAAGAUCAUUCUCAAAGAUCCCUCAAUAGUAGAGAAAAAGAAAAAGGGAGAAACUGCCCCAAAGAAAAUCAUCUUUAUGGUGAUUGUGGAUAAUUUGAGUGGAGACAUUUUGUAUCGCUCUGAUAUGUUGUGGUCGAGAAGUAAGACAAAACGAGAGAUGGACAAGAAAAAGACCAAACCUCAAGUUGGAUCAUUGAAACGAAAGGAGCACAACAAUGAAGACAAUGAGAGCGCUGAUUAUACCUCUGAGGGUUCUAAUAGUUCUGCCAAAAAAUCAAAAAGGUAG